CAUCGCUCAUGCGACGUCGCGCACGCGGCGAUUAGCGGAAACGCGGCGUAGCGCGCGCGAACUUUGCUGUGCGUUGAAGUUUAUGAAAACUAUUUCCCAAUGAAUUAGAUGUAUAAGCGAGCUGCAUUAUCGUCCCGUCUUCUUACAAAGCGAGAAUGAAAAUAGACCACUUGCUCCGAUUUCUUCGAAAUGACUGCUGUAAGCACCGAGUCUUUCAUCAAUGCGGAGCUAGACUUUGGACUGGAUAUGCUUCGGCAAGUGCCUGCGAAUGCUCAAACGGUUGUCUCUCCUCUUUCCGUCAUUCUUGCUCUGGCUAUGGUUCAAGCAGGAGCGAGAGGACGAACUAGAGCACAAAUAAAUGAGGCUAUUUCUAAUGGAGCAGACAAUGUUGAUAUAGAGAAUUUUUACUCGAAACUCUCACAAGAUGUCUUAAAUGCUACCAACGAUGUCCAAACAAGGAUUGCAAACGCGUUUUACAUGGAUAAACGCUACACUAUUGAGAAACAGUACGAAGCCACAAUCAGGAAGAAAUAUUCUGCUAAGGUGGAAGCGCUUGAUUUUGAAACACCAAAGGCUACUGCUCAGAUUAUCGACAAGUUUAUAAGCGACACAACAAAAGGAAAAAUAAAAAAUAUGGUUGAUGGGAAGAUGGUAAUGGAUGUCUUCUCGCUCAUUGUCAACGCGAUUUACUUCAAAGCCAAGUGGUUGAGGGAUUUUAACAAGGAUUUGACGAAAAAGGCGACUUUUCAUUGUUCGGAGAAUAAGAUAAAGGAGAUAGAAUUCAUGAAUGAAUAUCAGGAAAAUCGUCUAUAUACUGAAAACGAUGAUUUGCAAGUCUUGACGCUUCCUUACAAGGACACCACUUACGCACUGAGUAUACUGCUUCCUAAAAAACGGUUUGCUCUUGCUGAAAUCAGGAACAAGAUCACUGGAUCAACACUUCGAGAAUUAUUGAGACAAGUGAAAAUGGAGUUCGUGACGAUUUCCAUUCCAAAAAUGAAAAUCGAAACAGAGUUUGAGCUGAAAAAAGCAUUGAUCUCGAUGGGUAUCACUGAGAUGUUCACUGACAAUGCUGAUUUCACUGGAAUCACGAAGCGACCUCCACUCAAGGUCUCCGAUGCAGCGCACGGAGCAUUAAUCGAAUUUUUCGCCUUAGGUUUGACAGCAACCCACCUCAACAUGGAUACGAGAGCGCUGUCGCGCCCAAACUUAGAAAGUGCCUCCAUGCAAGUCUCUGAGAUGAACUUUGGUUUAAAUAUGCUUCGGCAAAGUCCUGCAACUGAAUCGAUGGUAGUGUCACCAGUUUCGGUCAUCUUCGCGCUUGCCAUGGUUCAACUAGGUGCGAGAGGGCGUACAAAAAUGCAAAUCAAUCGGGUGAUCGCAGAUGGAGCUACCGAUAAUACCAUAGUAAGCUUCUAUUCGGAUCUUUUCAAGAACAUUAGCGACUCACGUGGACCACAGGCAAGAAUCGCUAAUGGUUUCUUUAUGAACAAGACAUUUCCAAUAAAGGGGGACUAUUCGAGCGUGAUCGCCAAGAAGUAUGGCGCUUCGAUCAAGGCGUACGACUUCAGGCAGUCAGCAAAAACUGCUAGGUUGAUCGAUAAUUUUGUGAGUAAAAAAACUGAUGGGAAAAUCAAGAAUUUCAUUACCAAAUCCGCAGUAGAAGAUGCAGUCGCUCUUAUAAUAAAUGCGAUUUACUUCAAAGCCAAAUGGUACCAUGAGUUUAACAAACGGUCUACAACGAAGGCUGUGUUUUAUCAUUCUGCAGCUAAUGAGGAGAAGAUGAAGUUUAUGAAGGAGUUUGCAAAAAAUCGCUUGUAUGCUGAGAAUGAAGUCGUUCAAGUUUUAUCGCUACCCUAUAAAGAC